CCAUGCGCAGUCUGGCACAGAGCGACAAGCACAUGUCGGUUCAGUACCAACCGUGGCUGAACAUUAGUGCGAUAAUACGGUUGAAUUUCCGCGUAGAACGUGUUGGCUCUUUGAUUUCACUUUUUUGUAGCUCCUGCCCGAGGUCUGGCUUCUUUCCACCCCCCUCGGGCUGCAGAAACCUCGCUGCCAGAUCGAAAUCGCUGCGCUAUUGGAAUUUGGGAGUUUUCAGUCGGGACGUGCCUGUCACCUUCAUAUUAGUUCCCCCGGCUGUUGAGGGUUGAGAUCAUGCAUCCCAGGCAAACGCACCUACUAUCUGCGCGAACGUCUCCAGCCGCCCCGGCGAAUGAUCGAACUCACCGACAUGACUGAAGAGGAGUUCAAAGGAUUUUGCACGCAUUUUUUGGGGGGUGCUGAAAGCUCGCCGACCCUUCAGGACGUUCCGUGAGAAUCCCCGCAUGAAUCCGGCGUUUCCCUGUAAUUUCUUUGAUUUUUCUGGAGGAGUUCACUCUCAACAGGAUGGUCCCAAUAUCUCGAACUCAGCUUGCCUUGUUUUUUAUUCUUCUUUGUCCAGUCAACAUUAUCGGGUUGUGGUGGGCUGUGGGCAGCCCCUUAGUCAUGGACCCCAACAGCAUCUGCCGGAAGACCAAGCGGCUCGCCGGCAAGCAGGCAGAACUGUGCCAGACCCAGCCGGAGAUCGUCCACGAGGUGGCCAAGGGCGCCAAGCUGGGGGUGCGAGAGUGCCAGCACCAGUUUCGCUUUCGACGGUGGAACUGCACCAGUCAGAACAAGUACUUUGGCAGAAUCCUGCAGCAAGAUAUCCGGGAGACAGCGUUCGUGUACGCCAUCACGGCAGCAGGCGUGGCACAUGCAGUGACGCAGGCCUGCAGCAUGGGGGAGCUGUUGCAGUGCGGCUGCGAGGCCACCCGCAGCCGAGCCCCACCCAGGCCUCCCGGCGGCGCCGGAGGUGACGGGGUGAAGUGGGAGUGGGGCGGCUGCGGCGACGACGUGGAGUUCGGCUACGAGAAGUCCAAGCAGUUCAUGGACGCCAAGAGAAAGAAGGGGAAGAGCGACAUACGGACGCUGAUCGACCUUCACAACAACGAGGCAGGGAGACUGGCGGUGAAGAAUUAUAUGAGGACUGAAUGUAAGUGUCACGGGCUGUCUGGUUCCUGUACUCUUCGGACCUGCUGGAAAAAGAUGCCUCAUUUUCGUGAAGUGGGCGAUCGCCUUUUGGAGAGAUUUAAUGGAGCCUUCAAGGUGAUGGGCGGUAACGACGGGAAGACUCUCAUCCCCGUAGGGCAGAACAUCAAGCCUCCAGACAAACAGGACCUAAUCUACUCGGCCGAGUCGCCGGAUUUCUGUCUGCCCAACAGGAAGACGGGUUCCCUGGGUACCCGAGGCCGCACGUGCAACAGCACGGCCAUGGACGUGAGUGGCUGCGACCUGCUCUGCUGCGAGCGCGGUUACCGGGACGAGACACUGGUCUUCGAGGAGAACUGCUUGUGCAGGUUCCACUGGUGCUGCGUAGUGCAGUGCAAGAAGUGCUCCGUGCGCAAGGAGCUCAGUCUCUGCAUCUGAAAAGACUCCCGGGAGCAUCCGUAAGAACGGGAAACAGCAGCAGGAACUUCUGGAGCCCUUCUGGAAACCGGGGAGCUCGGCUCCGUCCUCUGGAACUCUUAGAGCUUGGCAAACAGUGGCCUAAAAAUAAAAUCCAGAACACUCCAGAAAUGAGAUGCUCAUUUCAACUUCUGGAGCUGUGAAGAGCAGCUUAUGCCGAAUGCCCUUGACUGCAUGAACAGUGUUGUUGUUUGUGGAAAAUUCCAGAAGGGAAUGUUGGGUUGUCACGACAGAGAACUUUUUUAUGGACAUGACUAGGUGUCAGUUUGUAGAACACAAACAAAUGGAGACGAAAGCCUCAGUGGCAAAAAAAAAUAAACUUUUCAGAGUACCUUACUAAGUUUCUAAAACUCUGCAAAGUGUGGAGUCUGAACUUCUGGAACUCUCCAGAAAAAAGAAGUCAGUGUCUCUGCUGGAGUAGGACUAUACAUCAUAAAACUCUAGACCAAUCUUUGACCAAAAAGAGAAGCAGAUUUCUGUUUUGAGGACUUAAUGUGACUCAUAGGCAUGGGUGUGUGGCACUUUAAAAACCUUUACUUAUGGGAAUCGAUGAAUAAGCACUCUAGAAUGCUUUGUUCCCGCAUAAGAAGGCAGUGGAAGAACAUUAGAACAUUAUCCUUUUUCUUGCUGUUGAUGAAGGGUCAUCGACACAAAGACACAUGGGAUCGCAGGAAUACCUAGAACAGAACGAAUACAUGACCAUUUCAGUGACCUGUCACCCAAAUCUAUAGAUAAUUAUGGAUACUCAUUCUUUUUCUUGUUUUAUUUAUGAUACUGUAAUAUCACUAAGACUACUCACGGUGAUAAGACGAAUGUGCCCACCUUUGUCAAAAGCACUUUGAAGAAGGAGAGCUGUAUCAGACUAUGGAAACAUUUCUGCUUCAUGUAAACAUUUGUUUUCUGCUCUUACGAGUAUAUUGUUGUGUAAACCUAAAACGAGCUGCAACCUGCAGCAUUUCAAGACAAUUUCUUCCUGUGAGGUAUCAAGAAAUUAUUUUACCCUUUGGUCUUUGCUUAUUUAACGUAUGGGGGUCUUGCACUUUUACUGAAACUUCCCCAAAUAUGUAUUAACAUCGUUUUUUUUUUUUGUUUUUUUUUUUUUGUAAAAUGGCCAGUUUUCCAUUUUUUUUUCCUUACCUUGUUUAGCAGUGGUUCUAAGGUUCUUUGGUUAUUUACCAAUUGAAGCAAUAUAGUUGAGUAAAAUCAGAGUAUUCUCUCCCUUCAUUUUGGUCAGCAGUGUGAAUCACUGUUUUUUUUCUAUACAUCUGAAGAGUGCUGCACCAGUUCUGAGGCCGUGACAUUGAUCUUCUCUUCUGUCGCUCUCCGAAAAAGGCUCGUUCCUCACUGUGAUCCUAACACUGAACUUAUCCUAUGUAUCCUCAUCAAAACAUUAUUUUCCUACUCCAAAUACAGAAAAAUGCAGUAA